AUGACUAUGCUGUUCUCUUUGUUCAAGAGGGUUAUUGCUCUUUCAUUUUUGGCCGUUAUAGUAGCGAGUCUCUUCAUCGCCAUCGUACUUCGUGAUUCCUUUCCCGAGCUUUUACAUAUCACUGGCCAAUCCUCUCUCGAUACUCACAACCCUCCCGUUCAGAAAGUCAAGUCUACGAUUCGGAUACCGUGCAUCGGACCAAGAGGUACUUAUGUGCAUCAGAGCAUCAUUGACGAACUACAGGCAGCCGACCUGAAUUUGUCCUUCCCAAAACCAGUCGGCGGCUCAUAUGAGACAUUGGGGUUGCCUUACACGAUACAUACACCCAGCACGAGAUACGGCGAGUACGGCUAUGAGGAGGGGUCAGACGAGAAUAACAAAAAUCCCGUACAGUGGCACUUAGUAUCCUGGGCGCAACUGCAGAAUGACUGUCUAGCUCAAAAUCAAGGUCGGUUCCAGGAUUCAAUGAAUGUAUCCACCGCGACAAAAUUCUCCCUAAUCAAUGGUGCCAAACAUCGCUUUCCGCACCCGGAAGCCAGAACUAUUUCCACUGGGCGAACUGCAAUCGUGCUCCGUGGUUGGGAGGGUUAUAAUUACAGCUCGAUAGACAUGUAUCAUAUCCGAUCAUUGAUAGUCGAAGCUGGCCUAGGCUCAAAUGCGGACUAUGCAGUCUUCUUACUUGUGGACGUCAAGGAUAAGAACAACACCAGGCAUAUAUUUCGGGAUACUGAGAGCUACGAGAACGCCCUCCGAGACCUGGUUCCUGAUGAGCUUCGAAGUAUUACAGUCCUUUUCGACCAUAAUUUGCUCAAGACUUGGUAUCCCCGGAUUUCCGAUCACUCAGUUUUCUUUCAGGUCUAUCAGCCCCUUCAACUAUUCGCUCAACUGUUUCCAGGUUUCGAUAAUUACUGGCAACUUGAAAUGGAUAUGAAAAUCACGGGUAACUCGCGACUAUGGUUGGACGCAUUAUCCAGGUUCGCACAGAACGACCCUAGAAAACAGUCCGUCGAGCGCUCGUCUUAUUUUUACAUGCCACAAAUUCAUGGAUCCUACCAAGAAUUUAAAACAUCCAUCAACGAAAGCUUGGGCGGCGGCGGGAUUUGGGGCCCAAUUCGAGUUCCAGAUAUUCAACACCCAAUAGGUCCUCAGCCGCCCGUUGGCAGCCCUCAAGAGGAUGACUUUACCUGGGGUGUUGGCGAAGACGCUGAUUUGAUUCUGACAAAUCCAUUAGCCGAUGUGAGGACCGCAAGAUUUUGGCCGUUCAUGCACUGGAUUGGUGGCUUCGAGAAGGGAGAAGAUACACCACGCUACUACAGCCCUGUGGCCAUGGGAAGAUACUCAUGGAAUCUGCUCAAUGCAAUGCACUACGCACAGGGUUCCCAGGGCCUGUCCUUGCCUUCAGAAGCAUCAGCUUUAUCGUUCGCUUUGUAUCACGGCCUGAAAAUUUCCUUUCCGCCUCACCCGUGGUUCCACCAUCCUCAAACCCAGGAAGAUGUCAGCAUUGAAGAGUUAGAAACGCUUUUUAACGGAGGCACACCUGCGGAGAAUGCCCAGACAAAUAAUGGCCUGUCGUUUGGAAAGGCGAUGUACGAUCCGGCCGGAGUCUACAACCUGUUCAAUGGCGGAACAUGGUGGUGGGUACCUGGUUAUCCAGGCAGAACAAUGAGGCAGUGGAUGGAUCAGGACCGGAUCAAGAUGCCCAGUAUGUUAAGGGAACAAGGAGGUCAAAUAUGGGCCCCGAUGAUGGGUUUGCAUCCUGUCAAACACCGUGACUUGGGAAUAUGA